AUGGCAUUUGGUAUGUCAGAUUUGCUUUUCGAGCGACAACCACCCCACGUUUUCGCAUCUCCUUACGCGAGCCAUUAUCAUUCUCAGCCAACACCUUGGAACUUCGCCUCCUCUUCGUCUCCGCUCUUCGGCGAUCCGUUCCGGUUCGACGACGGCUACGACUCGCCAGCGGGGAAUUUGGCGCAGAGACGACGCAAUGACACGCGAAAACAUGAGAUUGCACGGAAGCAGGCAGCGCGCUCGCGAGGACCGCAGCAAGAUUUGAGUGAGCCGAAGAUUAGACAGCAACAUACGCAAGAGCAAGCAGUUCUCCGUAAAAUACCCGUCCAGCGCCCAGCAAGCAAUGAUGGUAGCACGCGACCCGACAGGCCGACAGCGUCGCCAAUGGCGGGCGUCACCGGCGUUCCUGCUGCUAAAGUCGCUCCCGUAUCGGUAUUGACGCCUGACAAUGCUGCUCGGAAGGUGCAAGCAGCAUGGCGGGGCUAUUCUGUGCGCCAAGGCAAGCCUCUCGAACUGGCUCGGUCCAUAGCUGACGUUCGGACACUGGUAAACGAGAUGGACGCGCAGCUUCGGGAUAACGGAUUUGCCGCUAAGAUGGUUUCGGAACCAAUGGAGAAGCUUCGGGUGAGCGAGACGAUCAUGAGCUGGCUGCUUCGGUUGGACGAGGUGCAGUCCCCGAACCAGGACGUCCGGAACUUGCGUCGGGACAUGGCCAGGAAGCUGACGAAGCUGCUAGACAGGGUCGACAUUCUCUCAAGUACCCAACCACAUGAGGCUGAGGCUCCCCUUGAAGUUGAUGUUGACGCGGGUGUUUCCACAAUGGAUGAUGCAGGGAUGGAUGCAGACCCACCGUUCGCCGCAUCCAUGGCUCGCCUUCUCACGCUUUCCCUACUCGCUCUCAGCUGCGUGCUGCUCCUCGCGUCGCAGGCCGUCGCGACGCGCGUCGCACCGUCGUCGCAGAGCCCUCGCGCGCCGUCGUUCGCGACCAACAGUCGUCGACAGCUGUUCAGCCGCUUCAGCUGCGGCAGGUCGAACCUCAAGGGAUAUACAUCCAAGGCUGGUCUCACAAACGGGCUGGUGCUGCACUGGAAGGCCACCAAGGGGCGGACGAUCAAGAUGGCCGUGGUGGCAUCGGGGGCCAAGGCUGCAGGCUGGUUUUCCGUGGGCUUCUCACCCAAUGGCGGCAUGGCGGGCAGCAACGCCAUCGCCACCGACUCCUCGGGCAGCCCGGUGACGAAAGAUCUUGUCGGGCAGUCGUCGGCGGACGAUGCGUCAUGGACCGUCGGAUCGGGCUCGAUCUCCACGUCUGGCAGCAAGGUCAUUAUGAAGUUCACCAAGAACAAGGGCGAUGGGGCAUCGGUGAAGGUGAAGGCUGACAACGACAACAACAUUGUGUGGGCGUUUGGCGAUGGUGACACUGUCUCAGUGCACAAUGGAGCUGGUAAAGUGAGCGUCAACUUUGCCUGCGGGUGCCCUUGGUUCCAGAGCAAGUGCUAA